UAAAAAGAGUUAGGGACCUAGCCAAACAUUUGCAACUUACAGAAAACUCCGAAAAGUUCCACUUUUAUGCUGGAUGAACGCUAAACUCACGCAGUUCUAUGCAAAAGCAAACUUUGCAGAAAACAGAAGAGAAACACAGUGUGUGUGUGUGUGUGAGAGAGAGAGAAAGAGAAGAAUGUGUGGGGUGAAAGGUAUAGUGCUGGACGCUUCAGUUCUGUUGGCAGCCGAUAAAAAUGAUGAUGAAAAUGGAAGUGUCUCUCUUGGGCCUGGAGCUGAUUAUAUUCUUCGCCAGCUUCGUUACUCCAAAAUCCUCACUGGUAUAUCUUAUGAACCUGAUCUUUCUGCUUAUAAGGUGCGCCUGCUCCAAGAAAAAGCAAGAUUAUAUUCCUACAAUUGUUUUGUCUUCCAGUCAACAGCCAUAGACAACUUUGUAAGUGAGGUUUCACUAGCAUGGGGCGACCAUUCUGGAAGUUAUAUGCAUGUAGUUUCCAGUUACAUGGACGAGGAGAUUUCCCCAUUGAUAAGUUCUGACUGGCUGUUCACCGUUCUUCGAUCUCCGGGAAAACCGUCAGAUGUUGAAUAUAGUCCUGGAACUGAAAAUCCAGGGAAGAUUUUCAUUAACAAACUUGAAGAAUUGCCUCUGACUAUCUGCAGUUUGAAUAAGAAGGUGAGAAGAAAUACUGUGUACUCAUUUGCAUUUGGCAUCCUUAAACUGCUUAAACAAAGAUUUGCUGGGAAACUGCAUAAUCACUUCACCAUAAUGGCUUCUCUGAAACAUUUGGGCAUUCAUUCCUUGCUGAAGGUACUGUUAGUUUGUAUCAUGAAAUUUUCUCCAGGCCCAGCUUCCAUGGCAUCCUCUAGCUUUCAACAGGAACUUUUUUACUUUUAUUAGUAAAGUAAUAAUUUU